UGUGUGUGUGUGUGUGUGUGUGUGUGUGUGUGUGUGUGUGUGUGUGUGUGUGUGUGUGUGUGUGUGUGUGUGUUUGGGGUAGAAACAGAAGAGAUGAGCUGGCCAAUAUGGACUAUGAAGCACCUUUAAUGCCAUGUGGAUUUAUAUUCCAGUUGCAGUUGUUGACGACGUGGGGUGACCUGUACUACAUUGGCCUUAAUGGACUUGAAUUCUAUGACCAGAAUGAGCAGAAAAUACCUCUUAGUGACAACAACAUUGCUGCAUUUCCUGACAGCGUGAACGUGUUAGAUAACGUGUGUGGAGAUGUCCGCACGCCUGAAAAACUGAUUGACGGGGUCAAUAACACACAUGACGGCCGACACAUGUGGCUCGCUCCAGUACUGCCUGGACUGGUGAACCGUGUUUAUGUCAUCUUUGACCAGCCAGUGACCGUUUCCAUGAUUAAAAUAUGGAAUUACUCCAAAACAUCUCAGCGAGGAGUCAAAGAGUUUGGGUUACUAGUGGAUGAUCUGUUGGUGUAUAACGGGAUUUUGGAGUGUGCGACAAACGUUUCACGGGGAAUUCUGCCAACCCUGGAUCCUGUCGUACCGUACCACACCAUACUGUUCACAGACAACACGCACAUCACACACCGAGAGAAGAGCACAAUUAUCAGCAAACAUGUGGAGGACCAGGAUGUAAAAUUGACCAAUGAGAAUCAGAUUAUUCAUCAGCACAAGAAGAAACAAACAGCAGACCCAGCUCUGCGACCCAAAACCUGCAUGACGGAUGUACGGAAACAUGGAAAGCAGCGAUACUGACAGAGUAAUACAGAGUUGAGGGGUAAUGAAAGUGUUAACAGGAGCGUUAAAAAGCAAUAACAGUUUCAUUUUGGUCCAAAGAUACAUUGAAUAUACGAUGACCUCACCAACAGACACACGCACUCCCGUUUAUAUGUAACUAAUGUAUUAUAAAAGCUGUACAUUUGCUUAGUUCAUUUGUUAUUGUUAUAAUGUUAAUUGCUAAUGAGUUGACAGUGUGAGUCUAAUUUAAAGUGUCCUUUUGAACCAUGACAUUUGAUUUUUAAAUGAACUUGGUAAUGCAUAAAAUGACAUCUACAUCCUUACAUUUCACGUCAGUUACACUUAUGAUCGCUUGUGCAUUUUCAAGGCAUAUUUGUAAUAUUUUAAACCGCAGUCCAAUUUUGUAUGCAGCACAUCUGUGACAUUUUUACAAUAUUUCAGCACUUUUUUUUUUUAAACCUUUCACAGUUAAUUCAAGACACUAUUACAAGUAAUAUGCAAGAGUUGCCCGUUUACCUCAUAUUAAAGCAACUAUAAAUAUCAUUAAAUAUCAAAUAUUCCUCUCUUGUUUGUUGUUAAUGUUUUGUUAUGCAUUAUUUGCAAUGGAGUCUGCUCUCAAACAUCAUGGCGGUGAAAUUGAGGCUGUUUUCACAUCUCUGGGUCCAAACAGCAUUGCGUUUGUGCUUUCGCUC